AUGCAGAACGGAGUUCCACCUCAACAAGGACCUGUGGAGAACCCUGCCUUGGAGAAUCCCAAUGUUCACGACCCCGCACCGAUUUCGGCAGCAGCGGAGUUUCUGGGUGGAGCUAUGCCAGCGAGGGAAGCUGGACCGGACAUGGUCGAUCCCGCUUAUGGAGCGGCACCGGACAUGGGAGCGCGAGCGACGAACGAGUUACGGCCGCCCCCGCCAUCGCCAGUGCCAAUGACUCCUGCGUUUACGCCACCUACCGAUUCAACCGUCAGAGUGCAAGAGUUUUAUACAGCAGGUACCAGACAGGAGCGUACAGAACAGAAUGGUUUUCGCUGGAUGGCAAGGAUAACAGAAUUCCUGCGGACUACGGCUACAAGGAGUGUCUCGAAUGUGGACAGGGUGUUAGACAACUUGGGUUUUCCGCAUGCGCAGACGGCGAACCAGGUUGGAGGAUUAAAUAUUUCUCCGCCCCAGGAUCUACAACCAAGCACUCUAGUACCGGCUGUACCAACUUCGUGGUCGACUAUGAGGGGACAGUCAACACUUUUCACCGAAGCCCAGAUGCGACAGUCGCAGAGGAAUCAUCCUCAACUCUAUGGCCCAACUUCAGAUGGUGGAAGCGAUCGAUCCUCGAGACUGCAAGCCGAGGUACAGAGACAAAUGGAAGAAUACAUGCAGAAGCAUCAGGGCGAAGAUUACCUACAGCUUCAAGCGAUCCUCAAGGGAAUGUUCAGCAGCUACCUCAAGGUGGUCCUUCCGGAGUACAUGCAGCUUCCAGUGAUCCUCAAGGGAAUGUUCAGCAGCUACCCCAUGGUGGUCCUUCAGGAGUAUAUGGAACUUCAAGUGAUCCCCGAGGGAAUGUUCAGCAGCUACCCCAAGGUGGUCAGUCAGGAGUACACGCAGCUUCAAGUGAUCCCCGUGGUCAGUCAGGAGUACACGCAGCUUCAAGUGAUCCUCGAGGGAAUGUUCAGCAGCUACCCCAUGGUGGUCAUGAUCAUUUCAAUGUUGGCCAAGCGUCGAAUGGCCCAGCUCCAGGCGGUGAUGUUGAAGCAGAUGACGGCCGCAGAGAAAGACAAGGAAGGGGAACAGAGCCCAUUGCCCACCUUGCCCGUGAUGAAGGUUGAAUCCGCUUCAGUGGACAUCAUGGACUGGUUGGAGAAGCUCACGUCUCCCACGUCGGACUUAUCCGACGGGUCAGGACUUUGGUGGGAAAAGGUCAAGGCCUCUGCAACGAAGUCAUAUGUGGAAUGGGCAAAGUCUAGCCCAAUAGAAAGGUUGAAGGUGUCACCGCCCAGAAACGAAGAGCUGGAGACUGGCAAGUGGAGUCGUGUGAAUUCUCGGGCCUCAAGCAUGCUGAUGUUGGCGCUAGCGGAAGGGGUCCAGCACGAGAUGGAGCCACCUCAAGAAGGGGUGACAGCUCCAGACCCAGCCCUGCUAGCGCGCGGACUGAAUGCCAUGGUCCGGAAGGUGAUGGAAAAGAACCCGGAAGCCAGCUUCCGAACAAGCCUUGUCAAAUCCACGCUGAUGGUCGACACCCGGCCUACAAUGGACUCAGUUGACAGCUACUACCGCUCCUCCACUGCCUACCACGAGGUCAUCUUCGCAGACUACUUCGGGGCCGAAGUGCCCCUUCAAGCAUUCGUGGGAGGGCAACGAGAAGGAGAAACCGCAGAGAUGUUGGACUUGCGGAGGACGGCUGCAGCAUCCUCCACUACCACGACGACCAAGUCCGUUAGGAUUGAUGAUGUUCCGGAGGUGGAGCAUAUUUCCGCGACUUCCGCUGCCACUGAGAUCACAGCCUCAGAUCAGACACCAGACAUCAAGGAGAUGUUGGCGGACGUGGGGAAGAUGCUCAAGCAGAUGACCGCUGUGAACAUCAAGAAGGUUACCAUCGUGGAAGCUGGUUUCGAGCAAAAGGUUGAGGAAAUUGAAGCAGCGAUGAAGGCCUCUACGGUUGCCGCAGAAGAUGGUUCGACCAACGGGUUGCUGGACAGUGGUGCAAGUCAUGCUAUGCAUUUGGCCCAGGGAGAUGAGUACUCCAAAGGAAGCGCGGUCAAGGUCACUCUAGCUGGUGAGGAUGUGAGGGAGAUGAAGCAGAAUCUACAUGGAACGGUGCUCGUUGAAGACAAUGGGGCUAAUGCUGUUCAACCCAUCGUCCCGCUGGGGGCGGUGAUAGAGGCUAAACUCGAAGUCUUGAAGAAGGAGGAAGUGAGGGCAUGGAAUGAUGUUCUUAUGGAAUAUACGAAGACGGGGAACCAAUCCUUACUCCUACGAACAAUGCUACUAUGCCCCUUCACCAAGGACCUUCCGGAGGACGUCCAGGCUAUGGCGACAGAAGGCUUUGAGAAUGAAAAAGGGUCCUACUACCUCAAGCAGCUUCCAAUACCAAGGAGAGUAAGAAAGCUCCUCAUGGCCUCGGACAGAUGGGUGGUGGUCAUGAACCAGGGUUCCAAAAGAGAAUACCAGGGACCCUUUCAGCAUCAUCCCAAAGGAGUGUACCAGUUGUUGCUUUGGGCAGCCUCAAAGGGAAAGAUCAGCGACAUCCUGGGAACACCUCCGCAUUCUACCUGGCCCACUUCAAUGACUCCAGACCGGGGCCCCGGAUCCUAUCCAACGAGAACAACUGCCUUCCUUUAUGAACAUGAAGGACUACCACCGUUGAAGCAGCAAAGGAUGAACAGUGAAACCGCUGCAGCAGUGAAGCAGAUGAUGUUGUGGAUGGUAGCUACAGUUUCCAGAAAGGGACCAGUGGGAUUCAUGAUGGAGCAGCCCGCGGACAAGGAGCAGCUACGUCAGGACGAUCCGUCAAUGGCUUCAAUAUGGAAAACGGAGCUGUGGAAGUCGUUCAAGUCUGUGAGUGGAAUGGGAUUGGCCUCUUUCUACAUGGGAGCAAUGGGCCAUAAGGGGAAGCGACCGACAACAAUAGCGACCAACUACGCGCGCCUACGGCAGCUUGACGGAUUGUAUGACUUUGCGGAUGGCUGUGUUCCACGUUCGCUGGUCGAUGAUAAGGAAAUGAACACUUGGUCCCACGGCUUCAAGGAGAUUGUGGCCGAAGCGGUGAAGGAGUUUCAUCAAUGUUCGGUGUCCGAGGAGGAGGCCCUGGUCGAGAUGGGUGUGAAGGUCUCAAAGUUGACCAAGGCCACCGGAUAUCAACAUCGACGUCAACUACAUCCUUCUAUGUUCACGGUUGCCAUCGACCUCGCUGGUCCCUUCAAGCAGAAGGGAAGAGAUAUGGAUCACGAGGACUACAAGUACUUGAUGGUUGCAGCCUAUAGGUGCCCCAAAGCUUAUAUGAGUUCCAAGGCCAUCACCGACUACGAUGCAGAGAUGUAUGUUCCAGAUGGCUCGAAAGCUGGAUAA